UAUGAAGACAGGACGCUCCACGCGCUCUCUGAGCUCUUCCCUGCAUCCGAGUUCCAGCUUGUCUGGGCGGUUGCCCCCACCGUCCACCCGGACCUCGAAUCGAAGGCAUCCACAACGCCGGCGCUGCUUGCGGCGGGGCAGUCCGUGCGCCUGAACGGCGGCGUCCUAGUGCAGCAGUUGGAGGCAUGCGCCCGCGCGGCGCCGCAUCAUUCGCCGUCGCACACUGAGCCCUGGCAUCCACGGAUUGCCAAGGGCCACUGCCGAGAUUCCAUCCUCGCAGUCUUCAAGGAGCUUUGCGGCGUCCAAGGUGUCGGCAAGCACUGCACAGUUCCGGCAGACUUGUGCAAGAUGGAGGUGCCCUACAUACCAUGCCUUGCAGAGGGCGACGGGGCGGCGCUCUUCCACCCCAGGUACGCGGCCCAGCAGUCGGCCCAGUCCCACGGCCUGCUGAGCCCGGCGCUGGGGAUCCUUCGGCAGGAGGAGUCUGUUCGGGCUAUCGGCAAGCUGGUGGGCGUGCCUUCGUGGCCCUCAAUAAACGCCCUCAAGGCCUCCAUCCCCAGCAGUUCCUUGAAGGUCGCAGUGGCCCUCUGCACAGAGCUGGCGCAUGCCCUGGAGCGGCUGGAAGGUGCAGAAAGGCCCAGCCUCGCAGAGCUCCGUGUGCCAACCAGCUCCGAGGACUUUGUGCGGCUACAGGAUGUCUACAUCAACGACGCGCCCUGGUCGUCCAGCAACAGGAUCCAGACCUUGCACGACCUCAUCUCACAUCCGCACGCCAGGCUGUUGGGUUGUACGUCUGUGCGUGACCAGCUGGCCGAGCAAUGCGAGGAUGCCCAGGCAGAUGACGCCUUUGGGCAGGAAUCCAAUUUGGUCGAUCAGAUCAAACGGUUGCUCAACGACUACAGCAGCCGGAGCGAUGUGGUGGCAGAGUUCGUGCAAAACACUGACGACUUUGGCGCCUCAGAGCUGAAGUUUAUGCUGUCCAAUGACUUUCAUCCGAAGGACCAGGUGGUGGACAAGCGGUGCGAAGACCUUCAGGGCCCGGCCUUGUACAUUUGCUCGAACAAGCCCUUGGCGGAGGAGGACAUCGCGCGGAUGCAGAAGGUUGGCGGUUCCGCCAAGCAGAAUGAUUUUGCUUCCACUGGACGCUUCGGGGUGGGCCUGAACGUCAUGUACAGGUACAGCGAUUGCCCGCAAUUGUGCGCCAACGGGUAUCUGCACUUCUUCGACGUGUCGCGGAGCUUCGUAGCCCGUGAGGGGCAGCGACGGGGUAAGAAGUUUGACCUCACAAAGCUGCAGAAUACCUUCCCUGACAGCUUUGCUCCGUUCCAGGCGCUUUGCUCGGAGUAUCCGGUGGUGUUCCGGCUUCCUCUCCGGACAGAGCGCUCCGAACUUGGCGAAGCAACGACGCCCGAAGCCGUAGAAGGCGACUUGCAAGAAGUCUCAGCAGAGGCGAGCAAGAUGCUGCUUUUCGCCAAGUGGCUGCGAAGUAUUCGCAUCGAGGGGAUGACCGGUCUUCUUUGCGAGCACACGGUCUCCUUCCAGGAAGGCCAAGCGGGGUCGCACGAUGAUUUCUUCGCCUCUCUGCCGUCGACAGUUGAAGAGGUGACAUGCCAGCAAAAUGACAUCAGCCUAUCCGUUUCAAAGCAAAUUGCCAGCCAAGUGUGUGGUGAGAGCAGUGUGCGCUCUUGGAUGGUCGUCUACACGUUGGCUUUGGCAUCCGAGCCCCUUCGGCAGCUGUGUGGGGUGCUUUUUCACAAAGCGCUGGGCGGGGCGUUGCUUCCGCUGGCUGCAGCUGCAGUGCCGGAGGAUCUGGGGACGAACUUGGAUGGCGGGGUGUGCUGCGGCCUUCCCACGCCCUUGACGACUGGAGCCUCUUCGUGGAUCAGCGGAACCUUCAUUUUGUCCUCCUCCAGAAAGGUGAUCCCAUUGACACACGAAGCAGACGACGAGGAUCGCAUCGCAGCUCCACUGUUGGCUACAUUUACAACUUACGCGUGGAACCUGGAGAUUCUGAAGGGCCCAGCGGCGCAGAGCGUGAAAGCGGCCAUGAUGCUGUGUCGUUCCAAGGUCAAGCAGGCAGAAGACGUGGACAAGUUCUUUGGCAAUGUGCCUUCGGGGGAUGACACAUUGCAAUGUACGCUGGCUGCAGCAACCUUCUCGGCUGCGCUGAGCGAUGCCAUUUUCCCGGUGGUGUCCUGUGGUGCCGGCACCACUUCCGUGGAUUGGGUGGAGGGUCCCAUGCCGCUGCUGCGUGCAACGACCUUACCAGACGAUUUGCAAGAUGCCUUGGCCUUUGAUGGCCUCCCGCUGGUCACGCUGCCGCCUGCGGCCAAGAAGCUGUACGAGACAUGCCUCAAGGAUCCGGAGGAAACACCAAGGGAGCUGCACCACGAGGAGCUGUGUGAGUUCUUGUCUUCUACUUGGCGGCAGAAGCUCGACAUCUCCACAAGCGUUGCGGUCACGGAGUCGGGGAUUUCUUCCUUGUCCCAACACGAUUGGAUUUCUCAACAGCUGCGAUUCGUGCUGGAAUCAGAUUGGCGCGGCCGAUUGCAGACCGGCGAUACUCCCACAGUGUACAUUUGCGAGCACCUGGAAGGCGUUCCUUUGCUCCGGACGGUGGAUGAGAAGCUGUCCACCUUCAGCCAGAACAAGCUGAGGACGGCUUUGGCGCAGUCCGAUGGGCUGCGCCAACACAUUCCUGCCAACUCAUUCGUGUUCACAUCUGAUCGGCAGCUGCUUCCCGAGCACCCAGACCUCUUCCUCCAUGAUGAUACCCUGCGCGCCCUAAAUAUUGACCUCACAGAGACCAAGCAGAAAGUGGAGUUGCAGGUGCCAGGGGUCCGUGCGCUGCAGCUGGACGACCUGGUUCACUUCAAGGAGGAGCUGGAGGAGAUGGCACAUCUACAGCCUGACGUGGAAGAGAACCGGCGUCUGAAGCACCUCUGGCGCUUUAUUGCUAAAGGAGCCAAAGGACGGAUUCCUGGGCAGCUGACAGGUUGGGAGCUGCUUCCGGUCUGCAGCACAGAGGCGAGGCGUUUGGCGGUGUCCUUGGACAGAGUGGGGCAGACGGUGCUGUGCUCUCAGAAGCACGAGGAGAUCCAAGAUGCUUUGCUCCAGGCGGGGAUUUACAUCCUGCAGACGACCUUGGAGGAGUCCGCGCUGCGCCUGCUUGGGUCGCAGGUUGUCAGCCAAGACUCAGAUUUGCUUCGGCUUCUGGUAACUUUCAACAGGAGUGGCGGCCUGUCUGAACUGUCUGGAAAGAAUCGUCAUGCUUUGCUGGCCUUCUUCUCCAAGCUGGCUAUUGAUGGUAAAACGCCGCUGACCGAAGUGCGUGAACUGCCUCUCUUCAAGAUGGCCCAGGGCAGCAGCUUCACUAGCCUGCUUGCCGACCAGGAAGCUACGCAGUACUGCUGCCUGGAUCCCCACGACCCGCGGGCUGGGGCGCUGGAGACGUUGAGGCCAAGCAGUGCCGUGCUGUUGGCAUGGCCCACAGCAAGCAUUAAGCCGAUCUAUGAGCAUCUGGGCGUGCGCCUGUGCGGCGCCGAGAAGUUUAUGCUGGAGUUCAUCCUGCCCAACUUAGAGGAGGCCUGCAGCAAAGGCGCCGCCCACGCCAAGCCAUAUUUGGACCAGCUUCAGGAGUUUGUGUUGAUCGACAAGUCCUUGAACAUCGAAGCAGCUGCCAGGGAGCUUGCAUUUGUGCCAAGCAGGGCAGGGCAUGUACACAAGCUCAAGAGCUUUCUGGAUCCAGAGCUCGAGCUUUCUCGUUGUUUUGCAGAGUGCUUGAGCAGCUACCUCCCGGUGCAGUGGAUGCACCAAUACCUGAAAUUGCUGCAAAGCCUGGGCAUGCGGCGUACGGUUGAACCCGCAAUUCUGUUGGAGUGCGCCAGCCAUUUGGAUGCUUACAAGGACGAGCAGAUGACAACCGCUAUCCAAGAGAUGUCCGCUUGCCUGGCUGAAGCCUGGGCUCAUGCCUUCUCUUUGUACGUUGCAUGUGCCCAGGUCGGCGGUCCGGAUGCAGACUUCUCUCUCUUUCGGGAGGUGUCGCAGCACCACAUUUUUCUCACGAUGAGCUGGACGACUCCGGUGCAAAUUGCGGAGGAGGUGGGGCGCAUGGCUGUUUCGCUGGGCGGCGAAGCUCAGGGUGGGACUUUGAGGCUGCUGCCACUCCAGGGCACGGCCUUGGGCAAGGCCGCGGAGCUGGUGUGGAGCGUGUGCCCAGUGAUGCACUCCCCGGAGCAUCCGAAGGGAUGUGGGGAGCAGCUGCAGCAGCUUGUGAAUCACCACAGAUCAGCACUCACCAAGCUGGGUGCCCUCGUGGAUUUUGACAAGGUUUCUUUGGAUCUGGUGCUGAUGCAUGUCCGGAACCUGUGCUCGCUGCAUCCAGAGAAGGAGGAACUGCAAGUUGAGGAGGAGAGCAUGUUCUACGAGCAGCUCAAGAGAUGCCUCAAGAUCGCUGCCAAGCGGGCGGAGAAGUCGAAGAGGCAGUUCGCGGACAUGUCUCAGGUGCGCUGCGUCCGGGUGAAGGUCGCAGAUGCCGCGGACAAUCCGGAGCAGGCGAUCGUGGUGCUGGCAACUCCCAGGAGGAGCUUCUUCGAAGGCGACGCCUUCCGCGCCGGAGACUUCCACGGGCACCUCCGCGCGGCUUCGAUGGAGUGCGAGGGUUUCCUGAAGGCGCUCGGGGUGCGGAAGGCGCCGGAGGCGCAGGAUUUGGCGGAUGUCACGGAGCGGGUGGCGAAGGAGGCAAAGCCUGGCUGCAUCAUGGAUCACCAGGCCUCAGUCAUUAAAACGUGUCUGCGGCGCUUCGGUAGCAUGGGCCUGGAGACAGGGCAGAUCGCCAACUUCCACUGCUUGGACAGCAAGGGCGAGCUGGCGCCCGUUUCGGAGCUUGUAUGCCUGGACGUGGAGUCAUGGCAGGACCGGCUGACCCAAUCGAAGCUCCGCUUCUGUGACGAUGAGGUGGCAGGAAGCCACGCCCUCGAGCUCCUCUUGCAAUACGCUGGCCUGACCCGCGUGUCCCAGCUGGUCAAGGAGCUGCCGGGUGCUGAUUCACAGCCGGUAAGGCAGGAAAGUGUGCAGGAUUCCAUUCAGCAGAUGAUGCAGCACCCUGAUUUCGCCGAGGCUGUGGAGGUGCUGCUGGAAGACAAGCUGCCGGUGAGCGAGGUGCAGAGCAAGUUGGCCGGGCAGAGCUUCGAGUCGACGCCGCUGGACUUUACGACGGUUCUCUCAGCCGGCAAUGUGACCUUGGAAGGAUCUGAGCGCCAGAAGUGCGUCUUCUUCCAACCGCCAGAACCCGAGGGCACCGGCGGUCGAUGGCUUAUCAGCGACGCUACUUUCAACAACCAGGAGCAGGCAGUUGAAGAGUUGCUGGAAGGCUUGCGGCGGCUGCUUUACCCCGCGUCACCCAAGCUCUUGAAGCUCUUGGAGCUGGAAGACCGCCUGCGCGCGCUUCUCAAGCUGGCCUUCACCCAUGGCCCUUCUGGCAUCCCGGGCCUCUUGCGCGAGCGGAAUAUUCAGAGCCACUUGGUGAUGCGCAGCAGGUUUCUGAGCGUCGGGGAUGCAGUGCCCGAAGAGUAUUCGGAGCAGCUGGUGUACGACAUGCGGGUGAUGUUCGAGGUGGGUGAGCAUGUGGUGGCAGAAGUGGACAGGAAGGUGGUAGGGAUUGUGAAGACUUGGACUUCUAGCGACUCUAGUGAUGCUGGCACUGGCCUGUCGCGACGAUACAGGGUGCAGGUUGCUGCAGAUGGCACGUGCCAAAUCCUUGGCCACACGAAGCUCUACAAGAUUGCAGGCCCGAACAGCGCGCCAGCUUUGCAGUGCCAACUGGUGGCAUCUGGUGGCGCGACGGUGGUGGAGACGGCUGAGGCCCAGCCGCGGGAGCAGUUGGAGCAGGUCAAGGCGUAUCUUAGAGAGAUAUCCUCGUGGGAGCAGGCAGACUACAAACGUGCGAUCCGUCGGCUCUACCUGACAUGGCAUCCAGACAAAGCUGGUGACACGCCCUUCAACAACAUGGUUUUCCGAAUGCUUAGCCGGCACUGCGACUGGUACUGCGGCGGAAAACCUGAAAGCGAUGACUGGCUGAAUGACUACAUGGUGACGGUUGCUGGUCCAAGCGAAAGCGCUACAGAGCCGCAGGCGCCGCAGCGCCCGACGCCGUCACCAUGCUACCCUUCGCAGCAGGAGUCCUGGUUUGAGGAGUUCGAGCGGGAGCGGCGCUCUGCGCCCGCCACCGGGAGCUCCCGGGAGCUCCGCGUGGAUAAAGGGCCGCAGGCCGCGGCCUGGAAACCGCCCAGGAUCGUGGAUGAGCGUCAGGCCAAGACGUGGCUGCGCCAGGCGGAGGAGGAGGUCAAGGCCAUGCAGAAGUUGGUCGAGGGUGGCGCCUUUCCUUCGUUCGCGGUGUGGUUUGGCUCUCAGGCGGUGGAGAAGGCCCUGAAGUCCGCAAUGCUGCGGACUUGCGGCGUGGCCCAGGAGGAGUUCACCGGGAAGGGCUCCCAUGAUCUCCCCGCCUUCUACCGGCGGCUGAAGUCGGCCAGCGCGGAAACGGAGCCGCAGUCGCAGGCGCAGCAGCAGAUGCCAGGUGAAGUGGAGGACAUGAUCUUUCUGAAGACGGCCUACAUCGAGGCUAGGUACCCCAAUGCCAGCGACAGAGUGCCGGCCUUUGCCUAUACCCAGGAGGAUGCCGCCCGUGCGUGCGAUCUGGCAAAGGACUACGUGGCCUGGGCCAAGGGUGUGGAGGACUUGCCGGAGCCCGGCCUUCCGAAGCGCUGCAGGCGCAGGAUCGAGGAAGACUCGGAAAAUGAGCAGGAGGUGCCUUUGGCCGCCCCGCCCCCAGAGGGUCCCAGGGCGCACCCGGCGGACCCGGCGCCCAGCCUCGACGCCGCGCCCAAGCGCCAGCGCCUCGACGGCGCGGCGGAGCCGCUGCCAGCGGCGCCCGCGCCGCCGCCGCUGGCGACCAGAACUGUGCAGCAGAUCGAUACCGAUGCGAAGCCGCUGGCUGAAGGAUGAGGAUGAGCCGCCGGAUCUGCGACGGGCAUCCCCAUUCUGUCAAUCGCGAGUUGCCAUGAGGUGAGAUAGCUGCUUGCUUUUAAUCUACUGCGCUGCAUCAAGCAGUGAGCGCAUGUUUUAAGCACCUUCUGCCAGCAUGGUGGCGGCAGAAGGUGGAAUGCUUGAAGGCUCCUGAUGUUUGGUGUCGCCCACUAUUGCGAGGCAUAGUCAUUGUCAAGAGCCAGAGGACGCCAUGCUCAGAGUGGCUUUUGAAUGCCAUGUCAUGCCAUCCGCAAUGGUCUGGGCAAGAGGAAGGUGGGC